CAAACGUUGCGCGCCAAGAUCAACGACAACGCAAUUUUUUUACCCCUCAAAAAGGGUACUUUUCCAGCACAUAAUAAUUACUCCCAAUUUGAGAAAAGACGACAAUUCCCUGUCUGAAUAUCAAAACACUGGACACGCACGAGAAAUUCAAAUUCCACUAUUCCAGUUUCCCGAAAAAAAUGAACAUCAUCAAAUCACAACCGCCACCCAUGUCCCCAGAAGAGGAGGAAGCCACACGCAUCCUCGCCGACGCACGCUUCCACCAGACACUCACCAUCCCCCCCUCUCACUGCCGCGACCGCAGCACACCGCUGAGCGUAGCAUUCGCCGACAUUGGCGACCCGAACGGGACCGCCCUCGUGUCGGUCGGCGGGCUGUUCGGUUCGCGGUACACGCUGGCGCUGGCGGACGAGCUGGCGCGGGCGCGGGGCGUGCGGCUGCUCGUGCCGGACAAGCCGGGGAUUGGCGGGACAGAUGGCGUGGGCGUCGAGGGGAAGAUGGGUGUCUGGCUUGAAAUCAUCACCGCCCUCGCUUCCCACCUCCACCUCCCACACAUCGCCAUCCUCGGCCACAGCUCCGGCACCAUCUACGCGCUCCACACCGCCCUGCACCUGCGUCACCUCCUCCACCCACAGCACCCCUACAUCGCGCUCGCCGCGCCGUGGGUGCACCCGUCUGACAGCGGGGCGUUCCAAGCGUCAGUCGCCGCCGCGCUCCCAGACUGGGCCGUGCGGCGGUGGUACGACGCCACAAAAGCAAUAACGCGGGCGGGCGCGUCGGCGAUGCUGGGGCCGAGCACGGCGCGGCCGGGCGUCGAGCUAGCGGACAAAAAGACGGAUCCCCUAACAAGAGCCAUCGACGAGAAGAUCUUGCAGUAUGCGCUUGAGGAAAACGUCGCGGGCGUCAGCCAGGAGGCGCUGUUCUGCCUGCGCGGGGGUCCGGGGGCGAAAGGUGACGAUAGUGGUGGUGGGAAUAUCUGGGGCGGCUGGGACGACUAUGACGGGUUUCUGCGGCUGCUCAGAGAGAGGGAGGGUGCUAUAGACAAAGAGAGUGCGAGGCUGGCGGUCGAUGUGUAUUUCGCCGAGCAGGAAAAGACGUCGGGAAACCGCGGGUCGGAGUGGUUUGACGAGUGCUGGAAAACCUACGCAGCGGAUUUCAUUGACUACACGAGUCGGACGAUGCCGGGGACGACCCACGAGACGGUCAUGAGGCCCGAGAAGGGCGUUCUUGAUGCCAUCUUCCAGGCGUUGAGUGGCAGGGACAAAUAAAAUCAGGGGUCCAAAAAGAUUUUCGAAAGCAAGGUACCCAGGAGUUAGCCCGUUGGUUCUAGAGUUUGGACAACAUAUUUCCACAUUGAACCUGAGAAAGCCCGAGAGAACCCCUCUGCUCCCAGCCAGAAACAAAAACUCACGACGCACACUACCUCGCAGUCAAAGCCCUCGC